AUGAUGCUGUCAUCGUGGACUUCCUUUCUUGCUCUUAUUUGCGCUGUCAACGGGAUACCAUCGAGGCCUUCUGAUGGUUCGUAUGAUUUUGGCUAUGAACGCAAUGCCUACGGGCCGCAUCCGUUAACAGUGUUCAAGUCUGCCACUCAACUAGAAGUACCUAAGCUCGAUGUAUUACAAUCAAGCGAAGCAUGCGACUCGUCGCUGUACACUCUUCUAACUCCCCGAGGUGGUGCUACUCGUGAACCUCAAGCGACUAUUCUCGACAGCAACGGUGAUUUAAUAUGGACAUCUGGGUGGAAUGGACAACAGCUGUAUAACUUAAUGGUGCAAGAAUACAAGGGGGAGAAGUAUUUGACCUUCUGGGCUGGAAACGAUGCAGUCGGCGGACAUGGUGCUGGCACUAUCAUAAUGUUGGAUAAAACAUAUUCCUUAUUUAGAGAAGUAAGGGCGGCCUAUGGGCUCGAUGCAGAUUUACACGACUUCCGAAUCACUGAAGCCGGAACUGCCCUAAUUACAGUAUACAAUGUGGUCCAACGAGAUCUUACCGAAGUUGGAAAGGCUCAUAUCGGACCAGUGUGGGAUUGUGUGAUUCAAGAAAUCGAUCUUGAGACAGGGUUGGCCGUAUUUCAAUGGCAGGCGAUAGACCAUUGGAACUUGACCGACAGUUACAGAGAGAUCGGUGGUGACGGAGAGGGCGACCGCGCGUACGACUUCUUCCAUAUGAACAGUAUCGACAAAGACUCGAGGGGAAAUUACCUCACUUCAAGUCGCUACAUGCACAGUCUGACAUAUAUCAACGGCACCACCGGCGAAGUAAUAUGGAUUCUUGGUGGCAAGAGGAACAUGUUCCAAGACCUUUCGGAUGGCGCUGCGACGAACUUCGCUUACCAGCAUGACGCGCGAUGGUCUAGUGAAGAUACAAUCACCAUCUUCGACAACGGAGUUGACGAUGUCCAUCGCGACAGAGCAGCAACCCGCGGUCUAAAACUCAAAAUUGACGAAAAGGCCAUGACUGUGUCUGUUGUUGCGCAAUAUUUCAACCCACACAAGAUCCACGGUAUAUCUCAGGGGUCUUUCCAAUCACUUCCCAACGGAAACGUGCUUCUCGGCUACGGCAAUUCUGCAGCAUUUACAGAGUUCGCUAGCAACGGCGACGUCCUCUGCGACACGCACUUCGGGCCCGAGAGCAGGUUUGGGACGGCGGAAGUCCAGUCUUACCGGGUGUAUAAGUACGAAUGGCACGGAAUGCCGAAGACAAGUCCCACAUCAGCUAUUCGAAAGAAUAGUGGACGGAAUUUGAGCUUCUACGUUAGUUGGAAUGGAGCAACUGAAGUCUCUCAAUGGAUUCUCCAGGGGUCUGAGGACUUUGACACCGAUGGAAAUUGGAAAGAGUUAAAUCGAACGGAGCGUCUGGGAUUCGAGACGGAAUUCGAAAUAUUUAAACCGUAUCCCCGGUAUUUGAGAGCUGCCGCAGUGCAUGCUGAUGGAUAUAUGCUGGGUGUUAGCGAACCCAGUGAUAUAGAACAGAUGGAAGAGCAGUUAAAACAUACUGGUGUAUUAAGUUACAUAGAUGGUGAAAAUCUGCCAACUCAGCUUGUAUUAAUAGCCGGCUGUGCUCUCGUCAUAGCUGUUGGUUUGCGGAUGGGGAUCAUGGCUUGGAAUAAUAGGCCGACAAUGUACUGGCGAUUGCCAACUGGACCAAAUUAG